AUAUAAAAGAAGUACUAGUGGUCCAAAGCUUUGCAUGCACAUUUAUGUCUAAGAUUGAGUGCAUAAAAAUAAGAUGCUAAUUUGGAAGAACUCCCUCAAGCAAUUAGCAUGUUCUUUCACCAUUAUAUUUGAGUGAAGUAUUAGAGUCUAAAAUUUACACCCAAUUAUAUAAAUAGUAAAAAUAUGAUACUUGCAUGUAAUUUAUAUGUAGACUAAUGCUAGGAAAGCAAAAUUUCUCCAUGUCCCCUCUCCCAAUAUAGAUGAACAUUAUAAAAAUAGGAUAAUCCUUUGAUUGUGAGCCAUUCAGUAAGGACAAUUCAGGAGGAUGUCGGACAGCUCCGCAAAGCCCAGACUUCCAUGGACGCUGCGUCUUACUAUCGCCCUCUUCUCCGCCAUCACCGAGGCCUCCAGACGCGCCGACGGCACCAUCAACCGCCGUCUCCUCUCCUUCGUCGAUCUCCGAGCCGCCCCCAACCCCAUCCCGCAACGCGGCGUCCACACUCUCGAUCUCACCGUCGACCCCAACCGAAACCUCUGGAUUCGCCUCUUCCUCCCCACGGCCGACAGCCGCCGCCACCACCUUCCACUCGUCGUCUUCUUCCACGGCGGCGGCUUCGCAUACCUCUCCGCUGACAACCGCAGCUACGACCUCCUCUGCCGACGCCUCGCCUGCAAGAUCCCUGCCGUCAUCGUCUCCGUCAACUACCGCCUCUCUCCUGAGCACCGCUUUCCCGCCCCCUACGAAGAUGGCGCGGAUGUCCUCCACUUCAUCGAUUCAGGCGGCAUCGAUAAAGCAGCAGGCCAUCUUUCCGACCCCUCAUUCUGCUUCCUCGCCGGAGACAGCGCCGGCGCCAACAUAGUCCACCACGUUGCCCGCCGGUGGGCUGCAGCCGCUAGCGUCGGCGGAUUCAAGAAAUUAAAGCUAUUAGGCAUUGUCCAGAUCCAGCCCUUUUACGGAGGGGAGGAAAGGACGGAAUCGGAGAUCCGGCUCACUGGAGCGCCUAUUAUAUCGACGAAGGGAACGGAUUGGCUCUGGAGAGCGUUUUUGCCUGCGGGAGAGGAUAGGGAUCAUGAGGCGGUCAAUGUAUUGGGACCGAAGGAUAGGACGGAGAUCGAGGAGAAGUUUCCGCCGGCCAUGGUGGUGGUCGGCGGCUUCGACCCGCUGAAGGAUUGGCAGCGGCUGUACUGCGAGCGGCUUAGGGCGAGGGGGAAGGAGGUGACGGUCUUGGAGUUCCCGGAGGCUAUUCACAGCUUCUAUAUAUUUCCGGGGAUAGCUGAAAGCGGGAAGCUGGUUGAGGAGAUGGGGAAGUUCGUGUGGAGUAAGUGUGAGCAAGUAGUUACGGCUGCAAAAGAAAUGAGUGGAGCAGAACAGGAGGUUGUUUUGACUCAUGCAAGAUGAAUAAAUCGACCAAGUUCAAUGUUGAUGAAUGUCUCUACAUUUCUUAAGAUUCAAUAUCCAAAUAAAUUAUUCUGUGAGGAGUUUGGACAGAGAAAAUUGUUGUAAUAUGAGUGUACAUAUUGUAUACAAAAAUUUAUUACACGUUAUAAAUUUGUACACAAUGUGUACGCUCACAUGUUCAAACGAAUCUUUCCGUCCAAACUCCGCAAAAAAUAACUUCUCCCAUUUCCUUGUAAUGUGGAUGAAUGUCUCUUCAUUUCUUUAUGUAUUUAAUGGAAGAGAAAAUUAUAUCAAUAUGAAAAGAAAUAUUGUUAUGUAA